GGGAAGUUUCUGCUCGCGUGUUCUUUCAACCAACGCCCACCCUUCAGUUCAUUACACCGCGGCAAUCUGUCUCUCUCGCUCAGUUGCCUUCCAUUGCCGCUUUCAAAAUGGUGUCCCCUCAAGUUACGAAUUUGGCGAUCAUCGUUGUGAUGAUGCAGGUCGCCAAGAAGGUUCCUUUCGACGACCCUGAUGUUCUGCUGCUUGUUCGUGGCCUUUACGUCGUGUCGAACGUGAUUAUUUUGAGCUUGUAUCUCUACACACAGGCUCAAAUCAAUAAGAAGAACGAUCUUUCGACACUGAAAUACGUCGAGCCUGCUCCGCUUGGAAGCGGCGAGGAGCCUCGUCCUGUCACAACUACCAACAUGGAGUACGAUAAGGGCCAGUUCCGCCAGCUCAUUAAGAGCCAGUUCAUGGGCGUUGGCAUGAUGGCCGUCAUGCAUCUGUACUUCAAGUACACCAACCCUCUUCUGAUCCAGUCGAUCAUCCCGCUGAAGGGCGCUUUCGAAUCGAAUCUGGUUAAGAUCCACGUCUUCGGGAAGCCAGCGACUGGUGACCUCCAGCGUCCCUUUAAGGCUGCCAACAGCUUUCUCAGCCAGGGCCAGCCCAAGACCGACAAGGCCUCCCUCCAGAACGCCGAGAAGAACUGGAGGGGUGGUGUCAAGGAGGAGUAA